UUGACAAUAUCACAAAGUGGACAACUAGCAACACUGGUGCGACGUCUGGCUGGUCGAAGACGAAAACCAACGCAAAAUAUUGGAAGCUAACCUUAAAAAAAGCGUCAUACCGCGCACGUGCUUGGAAUAGCUCCUUGUGCGAAUUAUAACACGUUUCAUUUACAAAUAGUGCCCCGAUCAGGGUAUUGUAUCUUUAAGUAGACUACCCUGCACUAUAACAGUGUUUAUAAUAUAAAUUUGUGUAGAUAAUUACCAAAAAUGACGGAAGCACUGCAACCGGGUGCCGAAGUGUUUUCAGAAAAGAAAAAGAAGAAAAACAAGGAUGGAGUCACAUUGGGCACAUUUCAGAAGAUGAACGAUUUUAAAAUUGAGCCCUCAGAAAGUGUCGGCAAGUUAGAUACGGCUUAUUGGCCAUUAUUGUUGAAAAAUUUCGACCGCCUCAAUGUGCGAACUAAUCACUACACGCCUCUGCCCUUCGGCCACUCGCCUCUAAAGCGCCCCAUCGGUGAAUACGUCAAGUCUGGCUUUAUAAACGUCGACAAACCAAGUAACCCGAGCUCGCACGAAGUAGUUUCUUGGAUUAAACGCAUAUUGAAAGUAGAGAAAACUGGUCACUCGGGCACAUUGGAUCCCAAGGUAACAGGUUGUUUGAUUGUUUGCAUAGACCGCGCAACCAGACUGGUCAAGUCGCAACAAAAUGCAGGUAAAGAGUAUGUGGCAGUCUUCAAUUUACAUUCUCCCGUGGAAAACAUUAAAAAAGUCACUCAAGGCCUGGAGAAAUUACGAGGAGCUCUGUUCCAGCGCCCUCCUUUAAUAUCUGCCGUGAAACGGCAGCUCCGUGUAAGGACAGUCUAUGACAGCAAACUGCUUGAUUUUGAUCAGGAACGUAACAUUGGUGUAUUUUGGGUGAGUUGUGAGGCUGGCUCAUACAUCCGUACCAUGUGUGUGCAUCUGGGAUUGUUGCUUGGUGUUGGUGGCCAGAUGAUAGAGCUCAGAAGAGUCCGUUCUGGUAUCCAAGGUGAGAAGGAAGGCAUGGUCACUAUGCAUGAUAUCUUAGAUGCACAGUGGACAUUUGAAAAUCACAAAGAUGAAACAUAUUUACGCAGAGUAAUCAGACCUUUAGAAGGUUUACUUAUUGCUCACAAGAGAAUAUUCAUCAAAGAUAGUGCAGUAAAUGCAGUGUGUUACGGAGCCAAGGUCCUCUUACCUGGCAUAUUACGAUAUGAGGAUGGCAUUGAAAUAGACCAAGAAAUUGUGAUAGUCACAACAAAAGGAGAAGCCGUAGCUCUAGCUAUUGCUCUAAUGACAACAUCAACAAUGGCGUCAUGUGAUCAUGGUGUUGCAGCUAAACUGAAGAGAGUCAUCAUGGAGCGAGACACUUAUCCUAGGAAGUGGGGUCUUGGACCGAAAGCAGCACAGAAGAAGAUGCUCAUAUCCCAAGGAAAGCUGGAUAAAUUUGGUAAACCAAAUGAGAACACUCCGUCUGAGUGGCUCAGUGGAUACAAGGACUACAAAGUAAAGGUGGAACCUGAGAAUGGUGACGCGGCCGCGGAGGAAGGCAGCAGGAAGAGGACGGCAAGCACAGCAAAUGCUGAUGAUGCCAACAAUUCUGUAGAAGUUAAAGCAGAAAAGAAAAAGAAGAAGAAGAAGCGCGACAGUGAAGCACCAACAGAAAGUGAAUCACCCAUGGACACAGCGGACGGCGAAGGUUCGCAAGCUACGACUGAAGCUGAAGGUAAUGAUUCCUCAGUCCGUAAAGAAAAGAAGAAAAAGAAGAAGAAGGACAAACAUCAAGAGAGAGAAGAGGAGUAGUUUUGACAAAAUGUUUCAAACUUUGUACUAUAAUAGUUAAGGACUCAAUAAGAUGUUAAGUGUGGAAAUUAAUUGAGAGGAUGUGGUUAUUAAAAGUGAAGCUGAGAUCGAUGUUUAUUAUUAGCACGCUACAAAUUAAUUAUAUUUUGGAGCAGUGUAAGCCAACUUAAAUAAUAAUUUUUAACUUUGGUUUCAAAGAUAUUCAUAAGAUUAUAACUGAGCUCUGGAAGUGAGUGGUUUUUUACGAAUAUGAGGAUACUAAUCAAAUGUUUUGAUGGAAUAAGUGAUGAUCAGAAUGAAAGUUGAAAAAUUUGGGUUUGCGGCUAGGCCUGAAUUAAUUAUGAAGGUUAUCUAUGGGUUCCUAAAAAUACCUCAUUAUUUGUUGAUUGCAAGGUUCCCUCUAUGUUUAUGUGACCUUAUUUUAUAUUUUCUGUGCUGCUGUACUCUGAGGACUAUAUUUUCCCAUUGCUAUGAUAAACUGGAUGAAAUUUCAAGACAGCAAUAAACUUGUUAAAGAUUAUGGUAUUUUCCUUUUACAAUUUGCUUUUUCUUUCACUAGAAAAUUAGUAAGCUAGUUUUUUAUUCACUCUUAUGCAGGCAUAGUCAGAAUUUUGGUAAAUUGUACAAAACAUCUAAUCACUAAUGUGUAGAAAUUUGUGCAGAAUAAUUUACCAACUGACUAUAAAUGCUGUCAUGUUUUGCUGCAAUUUCUAUUGUGUUAAUGUUGAUUCAAUUGCGUACAGUCGGCCACAAGAAAAGUGGAAUAAAUUCAAAAGUUAAAAUCAUCUUUACGUUUUUUUAUUGAAACAUUUUUCUUACCUAAUCUAGUAUAACUGUGAAGAUUUGGACUUAUAGUACUAUUUUGGUAACUGAACCAUUCAUCUCUGGAAUAUUUUUGGCGGUUUAUAGGCUAAUUGACUUGAGCGAAUUUUUUUUUUAAAUUUUUGACUUGUUUAAAAAAACAUUGAAAACAAAGCUGAUUUUAAAUGUUGCUCAAGUCAAUUAGUCUUCAACCGUCAUUUUAUAUCUUUAUACGUAUUUAUUAUCAACCAUGAUUGUGUUAUUCAGGCGAAGUUGCAUGAAAUUUAUAUUGUUAAUUAAAUAUUUUAAUAGCCACAAUGUUUCACAUAUACGGGUGUUAACAUUCAUGCGUUAUCAGUGGUGGUUUUCAUAAAUAAGUUGAGAUAUUCGGCACUCUUCGGUUAUGUUGACGAAGGUAUAGUCAUUAAUUUUUUUUUAGCCAUAACAGUUUAAAUGCAAGUUGUAGGACAAGUAAAGUUUGAUAUAGUUUCCGUGUCAAACAUGUAAGCACACGAGAUUUUAAAAGUUGCGCGUCAAACGCGACUUAGCGCCGUUUUCAAUUCACGAUCUUGAAUCGCUUUUUUCGAUCUAUAGCGAAAAUGGACCAAUAAGAACAGAGAUUUAUUGACAUGUUAAAACUGACUUAUUUUGAUUGGUUCAUUCUUGGAAUUGGAUUGAAGGUUGAGAUUGCGAUUAUUUGUGUCCAAAUAGUCUGCCAUAGGCAAUUUAGUGAAAAAAAUUGUAUCCCUAGUGACCUGUGUAUAAUAUUUACGCAGUGCGUAUAUCUUAUUUUUAUGAAAAUAAAAUGUUUUAUACUGUUAGAAAGGCUUUCGACUGUCGCUGAUAAUGAUCAGUUAACUGUAACAUAGGUGUAAAUUCAAUAGGACAGGUUAGUUUUUUUUAUAAGUAAUUGUCGUUAUUCUUAGUGAAUUUUCAAAUACUUAGUUUAAAAUAACCUUUUUUUGUCAGAGCAUUAAAUGUUAAGUUGCGUGAAUCAAUAUAGGACAUGAUAAGGCUGCUAUAAAGUGAAAAUUUAUUGAUAAGUACCAAAAACUUAUCGCUGAUUUUAUUAACCGUUUCCAAUCGCUGUUUUUCGUACGAUCACUAAAAUGGACCAAUCACAAAUAAAGGGUUUUUGAAAAUACUUAUAAAAUACUUAUUUUGAUUGGUUUAUUUUCGGGAUUUAAUCGAAGAAUAAGAUUGGGAUCGUCUGCGAAAUCGGCCGUUAACCGACAAAGUUGGGCCGGCAGAGUGUGUUGUCGUUUCGAGUGGUAAUGAUCAUAUUAUUUGUUAUGAUCGCUGGUAUAAACAAUUAUCUGAUUUCUCACCACUAGUUAACAGGUAGUCGUGUUAGGAAUAGAAAUCAUUAUACCAAGAUAGUAUAAAAUGGCUAGCUUAAAUAUAUUUGUUAAGGAUAAUGAUUUUAUUUGCGAAUGUUGUUAAGCAUUAAAUUUAUACUUAUA